AUGGACAUUCUUAUUGUCCGUCAGUUGAUCCAGAUUACCAAAAACAGCAUAGUGGAUAUUGGCGCCGUCGAUUACAUGCAUCAAAAUACCAAAAAAGAGAAAUUAAUUGAUCCAAAUGAUAGGGGUCUUUCGGAUUAUACAAUCUUGCAACGACAAAAAGGAUUAUCUUUUUUAUGUUACUUUCUUUCAGAAAUUGGAAUAAACACGAAAGAGGAUAUUACAAUGUUUUUAGAUCAAUCAGAGCCAUCAAAACGUCAGGAAAAUCCAAUAAUUGCAAACAUUGAUUAUUAUCAUAAUAUUCAUGGCUUACAUAUACCAACAACAACUUCUAUAAGUGCUGUUGCUCACAUGACAAUUAUCCUUGCUAUUCCCAUAUCUCAAACAAGUGCAAUUCCAUAA